AAAACAAUCAUUAAAAAUUUUGUGAUACAUUGAAACAUUUUUAAACUUUAGUAGUAUAGUAAUUUUCAGUUCUAUAAUAGUCACUCCACCGAACGUAUAUAGUUAUUUGUUCUUCGCAAAAAAACUAAACAAGAGAAGUUCUGGAGUCAUUUAAAGUUCAGAGUUAUAUAAAUCAAACUAAAAGAGAAGCUAAUAAAUCAAAAGAAAUAUCAAGUAUAACAACAUACAAUGAAUAACACAACAAUAUCUGCUCAUCAUUCAUCAAAUUUACAGCUUUUACCUGUUUGUGCUUUUUUGGGUAUCACCUUUUAUCACAGUUACUUAAUUCCACUAACAGAAGAUAUUAUAAAAUACCCUAAAGUGUUUACUUUUUUUGAAUAUUUGAAUAAUUUCGACAAUGAAUUUGAAAUGAAAACUCACUUUUUGCAAAAAAUGCUGAAAGAAAGUCGACCUUCUAAGGUUGAAAAUCAUGAAAUACCUGAUAUGAAAAACGUGGAUGAAAGAUAUCAAUACAUCAUUAAGACAUUUGUAAUCAAUAUUCGAAAUAUACAAGUUAAAUCUUUGACAAUUGAAAUAUUUAAUCGAGAAAAGAAUGAAAUGUUCAAAUUUGAUGAGAGUUCAAGUAACAAUAAUCAACGUUUUCCAUUAAAUUACAUUGAUAAUACCCACUGUCUUUUGGGAGUAAAUGUCGAAUUGAAUUUUUUUGUAACUAAAAAUAUGUACAAGAAAUAUAUUUCACCAAUAUUCCAAGAAAAAAAUAUUGCUGUAAAUUCUCAAAUGGCAAGAAAAUUGAACAUUCCCUGUUCUUUGGAUGAAACUUUAUACAAUAGCUGGACAAUGGCACUAAAACAAUUUUGUGAAAAAGGCAUAUCUGGUAUAAGGAAAGAUAAAGUUUUAUUGAACAGAGUUCGAAGAAGUGUCGAGAUAAUUAAUAAUUGUCAAAUCACAGAAUUAGAAAAACAGGAAUCUGAUAAUGAAAAACAAAUAGAUAUGUAUUUUACACAAACAAUAUAUGAAAAAUGGUUUAUUGAAAAUUUAAAGAAUUUGAAAAGAGAAAACGAUGUGUUUUAUUUUAAUGAUAUUACUCUAUUGACAGAUAUUAAUUUCGAUUAUGGAAAUAUUUAUAGGAAAAAACCAAAAAAUUCUUCAGGUGAAACAGAGGUUCUUUAUCAUAUGAAAUUUAAUUCCCAACAUGGACUUGUCAAUUUAGCUGCAUUUAAUGAUAGGUUUAAAAACCAAUACAUUGUAUUUCCAGAAGUUGAUUUCCUUAUAACAGAUGUCAUAUCUUUUGAUAAAAUUCUACAAGUGGAACUGGAGGAAAAGCCUACUACUACAGACAAUUGGGAAUUGAUUAGAAAGGAUAAAUAUAUGUCACUUAACAACAAAGAGAAGUGUAGAAGAAUGGAAAUUAUUGAGAAUGCUGCAUACUUUAUAUCCUUAAAUACUCCUUGUCACAGAUUAGAUAAGACGAAAAAAAAAUUUAAAAAAUUCAUUUUAAAAAUCGAUGACGGUGUUUUUAAUUCAGUUCCUUCUUAUUAUAUGUUGGCAAGGGAUUAUCAACUAGGACAUUAUUCUUAUUUUUCAAUAUAUCUGCCUUAUUAUAUAACUAGAAGUACCAUUAUCAUUGAUGAUGUGCUAUUUAACAAAAAAAAUAAAUUAUAUCCUGUUAAUUAUGUGAAUGAUGAAAUUUUUAUGAUAAUACAUUUUUUUUUUAUGUCUACUGAUUUUAGGGUAAUGGAACAUGAGUUUAAAAAAUAUUUAAAUGAACCUAAAAUUAAGCACAUCAUCAAUUUUUGGGAAUACUUUAUCAUCAAUAAAGUUUUUUAUGAAAAAAGAGUAGAUUAUAAUUAUAUACGUGUAUAUAAUGCUGCAAGAUAUGCACAGGUUCUAAGGCAAUGUGAUGAGGAAUUUAUCAAUCAUGAAACGAUCUUUUAUCGUGCUGAGUAUACAUCUAUUAUUGAUUUCCUAAGUUUAUUAUAUGUUGUACGUGGUAAUGCAUUACGUUAUAAAGAAACCUUUAAACUUUAUUUCACUAAAAAUGAAGCAUUGAAAAAUUGUGUAUUUAAUAAUUAUUCUGAUGUUGGUAAAUUAAUUAUUCACAAAGUGAUAAUUAAAAACCAGGCCGUAUUGUUGGACUCAAAUCUUAUAUUAAAUAAGGGCAGAAAUAAUGGUUUAAAACCAAAGUACUUACUUCCUCAAGUUAUUAAAUUAAAGAAAUAUAGCAUGAAGCUGAUAAGUGAUGAAGAUGAAGAUGAAGAUGAAGAUAAAGAUCAAGAUCAAGAUCAAGAUCAAGAUGAAGAUCAAGAUGAAGAUCAAGAUGAAGAUCAAGAUGAAGAUCAAGAUGUAGAUGUAGAUGAAGAUGCUUUAGAACUGAUAGAAUAUCAGGACGACGAUACCCCAAUAGAGCAGAUAAUGGUUAAAAUAACACAUCUAAUUAAAGAACAAUUUUAUGUCAACAAUCCGACGAUAGUAGUAUAGCAUCAGACGAUUUUAAUGUUGACAAUAAUGUAUUGAAAUCAUACACGGAGAGAAAUCUGCUGCGAUUUACUCAUGAGCAAGUGAAUGUGUAGUGUCAUUUAUUUUUCCUUUAUAAUAAAUCUGUGGCUUUUUGAGUUCAGAAAGUAAGUAUCUUAUUAAAAAAUAGAUAUAAUGGUCACUUUUCAGAUGUUUCGAAAAAAAUUAUUAAAAACAUAUUAAAAUGCAUUAAUUUAUAAAAUGUGAGAUCUGCUGUAUGAAGUAAAAAUAUACAUAAGCAACAAUACAAACAUUGUUAAUUAAGCUUUUUUUACUUUGUACGACAGAGAUGGUUACAUGAUCUUUAAAUCGUUUUAAAAUUAGGGUAAUAUGUCACCUUGAGAGGACCGCCUAAGCUUUUUUUCGAAAAAUUUCUUGAUAAAAGCAAAUUAAUCGUAGUUUUCUAUCCAAGCUUUAGUUUAGAUCCACUUCUCUAGGGAUCUAAACUAAAGCUUGCGGAUAGAAAACUACGAUUAAUUUGCUUUCAUCAAGAAAUUUUUCGAAAAAAAGCUUAGGUGGUCCACUUAAGGUGACAUUACCCUAACUAUAUACAAUGUAUUUUAAGAUAUCUUUUUUGUACACGGAAAAAAUAAGUCAGCAAAACUUUCGUAAACUAUUAUUUCACUUUUGGACGGGGCACAAAUUUUUAAACGUUUCAUAUACUUUUUAGUAAUGAAGCAUAAACUUUACCGAAAAAGUGAAACAGAGUCAAGAAAUUAUUUACAAACUGUAUAGAAAGAUCAGUUUGUUAAUCUAUAUUGAACAGUUUUUAAUAAUAUUGUUUAAAGAUUGUCGAAUUUCUAUAAAAAGUUUUACAACAUUGUAAUAAUUGAGGUUCGAAAGUUUGAAACAUAAAAAAGAGUAGUUAAGACAGCAGUCAACGAAAAAAUCGUAGACUUUUUCUAAAAUUCCGAACAUGCGCAGUUCGUAGCUUGGUCAGUGUUGAUCAGUGAAAUUAACUUCUUCGUUCGCGUGGCUCUCGAUAGCCGCGGCGGUUAAGGCCUAAGCAGAAUAGAUUCUUGAACGGGAACGCAAUCGUGAACGGAAACGUAAGAAUGGGUGAGAGAAGAAUAAAGAUAUUUGCUAUCCUUCUCUUACACAUUCUUACGUUUCCGUUUACGAUUGCGUUCCCGUUCAAGAAUCUAUUCUGCUAUUAGGCCUUUAGUUGCUAAGACAAAAUGCGUUAUAUAUCUUGGUUAGGUAAGUUCGAAUCCCGCGGAAGCGAAUUCCGAAUUUUAAUGUCGAUAAAAUUGUGUAUAGUGCGUAUAUAAGAUAUUAAUAAUUGUGUUUCAAGUGAUGUACAAAUUAAGUAAAAAAUACCCCUGAAUGUGAAAUUUUUUUUAAUUUUUCUAAAUUUUUUGUGAGUUUACAAGCGUUUGGUUGACUGUCGUCGAAUUUUUAUGCAUAUAAGUGUUACGAAAUCUUUGGUGCACGUACUUAAGUUCUAGCUGAGAGUUUAUGAAAGUUUGAUAAACUGAUUCCGAAACAUCAGAGCACAUUGAGCAUCGGCUCUUAUACACAGUUCACAUUUUUAUAAUUAGUUUUGUUUUCUUAAUAAACUGUGUCUAUACUUUUUGAACAACUUUCGUUCCCGUCCAAAAGUGAAAUACUAGUUUAUGAAAGUUUUGCUGACUUAUUUUUUCCGUGUAGUGUUUGAGAAUAUAAAAAAAAAUUUUGUAUUUCGUAAUAUACAUUUAAUAAUAAUGAUCUAUGAUUGGA